CGAAUCUCCUCUCCCCUUCUUUCCCGUGUUCUUUCCCCCCGCUUGGAUCUUGGUCUUGAGACGAAGGAAGCAACCAGGGGCGGCCCGGACGUCGUGCGAGUUUGGCCUCCAGACUUUCCAAGACUGACUGACUGAUGCAUCGGCCUUAUCUGAGGCUCUGGCGGUCCUGGAGGACACUCAGUCUGCUGUGCGUGCUGGCCAGCUGCUACGCGUGGCGAUCUCUCGCGAGGAAGUGCCACGCGCUCAUUCUGAGUGGAGGUGGGUCACGAUAAGAAGACAGAGUGGAGGGAGGGGCGUUCUCAUACUGCCUGUUGUGCUGCUGUGCAGGUGGUGACAAGGGUGCGUACGAGGCUGGUGCCAUCAAGGGGCUGGUUGAGUCGCUUGAUGAGGCAGAGAGGGCGUGGAAGGUCGUCUCUGGCGUGUCUGUCGGUGCCCUCAAUGCGAUGCCCUCACUCCACUACAAGUUAGCGGCGUGUGCACAGGGGACGACACCAACAGGAAGAAGCUCAUUCACCUGUCUGUGUAUGUAUGUGUGUUUGUGUGUGUCUUGAAAGGGUCGGCGACGAGGCUGAGUGGGCGUCGUUUCUCGAGAGAACGUGGAUGUCCAUUCGCAAGGAGUACGUCUAUCGGAACUGGCCCUUCGGAUUGCCGCAGGGGCUGCUGUUCAAGCCUUCUCUCUACGACAGCAGCCCCCUGCAGACCCACCUGCACCGAAUCUUCGCCGACUUCGAAAAGAAGGACCGAAAGUUGCUGAUAAGUGAGUGUCAACAGUGAAUCAACACAGCCACAUGUGAUAUCUUUUGUCUGUCAUGGCCAUGUCAGCUGCCACUGACAUGACCUUCGCGACGCUCAAGACGUGGAACGAGACGGAGCCCCUCUCGAAGCUGAUCAGCGCGGUUUCCGCUAGUGCGGCUUUGCCGGGGAUCUUUCCUCCCCUGACGAUAGACGGUGUGGCGUACAACGAUGGCGGCAUUCUUGCGGACCUGAACAUCGAGGCCGCCAUCGGGAGAUGCCUCAUGGACGGAGGGGUGAGUCACUGAAUCAAUCAGUAGGGAAACCGUGCAUUGAGCUGAAGGUGACGGGAAUGUUGUGCUGCCCUUUUCAGGCCAAGCGAGAACGAGACGUCAUUAUUGACAUCAUACUGUGCUCGCCUGGUACGACAGACGCACAACAGACCUACGUACGAACACGCAUUAUAAUUAUGGCUGCAUCUUGACGAUUGUGUUCAGCAGCUCACCAGCCGAUCCGGAACGUGUCUAACGAGAACACCAUCAGGGUGCUCCUCAGGGCAGAAGCUAUCAGAAACUUCAACAGUAAGAGAGAGAACCAAGGCACGCAGGCCGACUAUCGGCCCCUUCCUGCAUAUAUCAAUGUUGACCUCCAUAUUCAGGCGCAGUGCGUAUGCUGGAGAGAGCGACCACCACUUUCCCCAACGCUUCCUUCCGCUUCCUCAUCUACCCCAACGCAUCUUUCCCGGGCAACUCACUCGGUCAGUCUGUCACACGAAUGACACCAAAAAUCAGACGCCUACGUCUGCAAUCGGUUGGUGUGCCCAUUCGUCCAGACUUCGAUCCGGAGGAGCUGAGGGACAUGUAUGCGCAGGGCAACAGGGACGCACAGGACAUGGUCAAGAGGUGGCGAGAAACGCGGCCUGAACCCAAGUGGCCCCACUGGCCCUUCCCACGGCGAGAAGACGACGAGCAGCCGGGCCUGUCAAAGGUUUUUCGAGAGGCGUGGCAACGAGCCUUCCAGAUCAACCCCCCCGGCCCACCACCGCACCGGCACCACAGAUGGUUCGGGCAAGAAGCGACGGACGAGGGGCAAGAGAGGCGGAGGAAUGAGACCACGACCACCACGCUGAGAUACAUCUAGACAGGCAGACAGAGGGGAUGGGGGGCAGUCGUGGCGCAGCGUGUGGCGUGAUGUGGUGUGGCCUGGCGUGGGUGUACCAUAGCUGUGACUGACUGUGUGUUGAUGGAAUGCAACGGAAUGGAGUGGGUGGAGGAUCUGACUGCUACACUGACUGCGAACCGUCACAUGCUCACUCAAUCUGACCGACUGUAUGUAUCCGAUUCCGAGCACAGGGUUCUCUACAGAGCCCGUUUUCGGUCUUCUUGCUCGGGGAAUGCAUACGGGCGGACGCGUGCGUGUAUACAUAUUGCAUAGAGGGAAGAGACGUCACGUGGGAG